ACCGCCACAAAAUAUACGAGGAAACCGUUUCUCGCGAGACUUCCAGCCUGGCUUGUGUCCUUGCUAAGUACAAGAUGGGGUACUGGGAUAUACCAGAGGGCACUGGCUGUGUGGAAAAGACAUGGAUCACUACAAAAUUGGCCACAGCUUUGGGCCUGGUUGGGUCAGCCUAUCACUUAGUGGCAUUCCAGCCUGAAUCUGCAUUGGCCGCAGUACAGAGGGUGACCAACACAACUGUAACCAUGGCCUCCGUGGGAGCCAUUUUCGGCAUGGCGACUUGUCUCAGUGCUCAGGCUCGCGAUGCCCCGGAUGACCCACUGAAUUACUUCAUCGGGGGCUGUGCCUCUGGGAUCUUUCUGGGAGCAAGAACCCACAGUGCUAUGACCGGUACGUCAGCGUGUCUGGGUCUGGGUACACUGGCCUUCUUCACAAAAAUCGGCAAGAUGGAGGGAUGGAAGCUAUAUGGACCCCCUAAACUAUGAGGAGAAGCAAAGGUGGUUCCCUCUGAGGUUGAUGAUGAUGAUGAUGAAGUCGUUGGCUGUAAAUGUAACUUUAUGCUGUAUAAAGAAUUCAUGUAAUAAACUUCUGUGAAAAUGAUAAAAUA